AUGGCACCUGCGGCAGUCGAGACUGAGGCCAGCCCUCCACCAGGCAACGCCCUGAACUUUCUCAACGAAAAUGCCAAACAACAGCAGAACGACUCACCGAAUAAGUCGACCUCCACCCUCAGCCAACCAACAACCACCCCGUCCUCAAAUGGAACCAAAGCACGAAUUCCACAUGAAGAGCACCAGUACCUAGAUCUGAUACGGGACAUCCUCCAGAGAGGAGAACACAGACCCGACCGAACAGGCACAGGCACGCUCUCACUCUUUGCGCCUCCCCAACUCCGCUUCAGCCUCUCCAAACCCGAUCCCACGUCGUCAACCGUCGAACGCAUCCCCGUCCUCCCGCUCCUGACCACGAAACGCGUCUUCCUCCGCGCCGUGACCACGGAACUCCUGUGGUUUGUGUCCGGCUGCACCACAUCGAAACCCCUCUCAGAAGCGGGCAUCCACAUCUGGGACGGCAACGGGUCCCGCGCGUUCCUUGACAAGCUCGGCUUCACGGAGCGCGAAGAAGGCGAUCUCGGACCGGUGUAUGGGUUCCAAUGGCGCCACUUUGGCGCCGAGUACGAGAACCCCAAUGCGGACUACACCGGCGAGGGCGUCGACCAGAUCAAGGAGAUCGUGCGGAAACUGAAGCACAGCCCAUACGACCGCAGGAUCAUCCUCAGCGCGUGGAACGUCGCGGAUCUCGCCAAGAUGGCCCUCCCGCCAUGCCACAUGUUCGCGCAGUUCUACGUCAGCUAUCCGGACGCGGCCAGGGGCGAGGCCGCCCUCCAGCAGGUCGGCAAUGGCUCACACGCCGCAGAGAACGGCCACAGUCGGGAGAAACAAAAGGGCCAUCUGUCCUGCGUCCUGUACCAGCGGUCCUGCGACAUGGGGCUCGGCGUGCCCUUCAACAUCGCGUCGUACGCCCUGUUGACACACAUGCUGGCGUAUGCCUGUGACCUCGUUCCCGGCGAACUGAUCCACAACAUGGGCGACGCACAUGUGUAUCUGGACCACAUCGACGCGCUGAAGGAGCAGCUGCUCCGCGAGCCGAGAGAAUUCCCCACCUUGAACAUCAAGCGUGCUGAUAGAGGCAGUGGCGAGAUGGACGGCUGGAAGUUGGAGGAAUUUGAUGUCGUGGGCUACAAGCCCCAUGGCGGGAUCAAGAUGAAGAUGAGUGUAUGA